AUGGCUGUCGUCUACAGCGACGUUGAGGAGUAUGACCCGUUGGCUCGUGACGACUACGGGACGGCAGAUUGUUCGGAAUUGACCACGCACACCGUGUCCAACGCGUUCUUCGAUGGCCCAGACGAUGAUGCGGGCGAGCCCGUCGACGGCAAGGAGGACCAGGCCGAGGAAGAAGAACAAUUAAAGACGGUGGAUCAGAAAGACAGGGUGAAGGGUGAUGAGGAUCUGGGAGAAGUGAAGGAGGCUGAGCAAGGUGUCAAGGAGCAAGAGCAUGUGGAGCCGAAAGAAGGGGACGGCGAGGAGGAGGAGGAAGAAGAGGAAGAAGAAAUCCCGCCCACGGUCAAGGAGGUCACAUUCAUCAACGAUGUGCCAAUCUACAAGCCCAAUCACCUGCUGAUGGACGAGAAGAACCACUACAAGUGUGUGGUCUACGAGCGCGUCGGCUUUGACGACAAAGUCGGCGGCACGUACCUGGUGACGGCCCACGACAAGGAGAUGGUGUUGCGCGUCGAGAAGAUCCCUGGCCGCAUCAUCGGCCAAGAGCUCGAGUUCCUCAAGAAGUGCAUCCGGUACGUGCACAAGUACAGCAUGUUGUUGCGCUGCCUCGAGCCGGAGAUGUUCCAUUUUGACGCGGCCGGUCGGAAUCUCUUCCUCAGCGACCUCUCGACGAUCCGUGCCGACCCCGGGAAGCGAGACUGGUCGAUUCCUGUCAGCUGGGCCGGCGGUCCCCAUUACGCUCCAACUAACACCGGUUCGGUGCGUGCACGGGACGAGAUCGAAGCCUGGCUGUACUUCUUCAUCGAAAUGCUCGUCGGCCAGCUGCCCUGGACCGGAAAACCCUACGACAAGAUUCACCAAAUUAAAAUGGAAGCCGUCCAGGAUGCUGGUCUCGUCAAGGGGCUGCCUUUUGUUUACACCGAGCUCUACCACCAUGUGAUGGCCCUGCCCAACACCAGCCACAUCCCCGAAAAGUGCUACAACGAAAUUGAGGAAUUCUGCGUUCGAAUUUAUGAGCAGGUCGGCGGGGUGACGUCGCACGAGGACAACUUUGACUUUGAGCGCGACCCCCUCGAGACUGAGCUCCCCAAAUUCGUCAUGGAGAGGAGCGACAAGAUCCCGGAGACGAUCCCCGAGGAA